AUGCCAAAACGGAAACGCAACGAACCUCCAGCAGAGGAAUCCACCCCUUCUACUUCUAAGGACGAAACCACAGAAGCCAGUACAACCAGAGUAACACGCUCUCGCAACAAACCACCCAACGCACCCUCAACCACCACCACCUCUCCUCCACCCAAAGCCCAAAAGGAAUCUCCCAAACCACCCAUUCCCACUUCGUCUUUCGCCAGCACCGAACCAACCGCCACCAACUCGCCCAACGAGGAUGCCUUCCACGCUUCCACCAUCCCCCACCCCCAGAAAGACAAAGGCCCCAUUCAAUGCCAGCGCCACGGCCCCUCCUCCGUCCCUCCCUCUCUGGUCUUCACGCACGGCGCGGGCGGAGACCUAGCAAACGAGGGCGUGCAGCUUUUCUGCGAGGGCUUCGCUGCGACAGGGAGGAUGGUGUGGGCGUUUGAGGGGAGUAUGAAUCUCAAAUCUCGGGUUAGUGGGUUUGACGCCGUGCUUGCGCACCUCUCGAACGCGGGGGCUGGGGGUGAAGGUGAGGGUGAAGGUGAGGACGAAGGGGUGGUGAAGGCGAACGGCGGAACGAUCGCGUUAGGUGGUACGAGUAUGGGCGCCCGCGCCGCUGUUGUUGCCGCGACCAACGCCAACGCUUCCCAGCGCAGUCCAGCCGUUGAAGCUGUCGUCCUCGCAUCUUACCCGCUCAUCGGCGCCUCCAAAGGCGAUGUGCGGGAUCAGAUCCUAUACGACCUCCCAGCAGACAUAGACGUCCUCUUCAUCUGCGGAACUGAGGAUAGUAUGUGUCCGCUCCCGCACCUCAACUCUGUGCGCGGGAGGAUGGAGGCAAGGAGUUGGCUGAUCAGGGUACAAGAUGCGGCGCACGGGUUGGGUUUGAAGGGGAAGGGCAAGGGUGCAAAAGCCGGGACUGAGGCGUUGAGGAGGGAGGUUGGGGUAUUGGCUUCCGAAUGGCUGACGCAUAGAGAUGGGGACGGAGAAAGGGGGAGGGUGCGUGAAGUGCGCUGGGACGCGGAGCGUGGUGAGGUUCAGACGGGUGAGUGGUGUGAAGAAGGGUAG